GAUCACUUUGGAUAUUGUUUAUCCGUAUUUGAUCCUAAAGGUGUUGGUGCAGACAACCAUCCCGAUCACCUUCCUAUUCAGUAUCAUGACACCUCAAAAAUUCCUUCAAAUCUAAUGCGGCCAGGGGGCGAUCAGAGACGCCAGCAUGGCAUCAGCCUGCCCAAGUCUCUACUCGAGCAGAUCAAUGCCUCAGAGCUCUCAUAGACACAAAAAUGGUCAUUCACAUGCAUCACGCAAGGAUGCGCGAAAGCAAGAGCGAACAGAUCGUAAAAAGAGAAAGGCAGAUCACUUCAUACAUAACGCUCACUCAGCCAAACGGAAGAUGGAAGAAGAACACGUCAAUUCACCGCAGAGAAAACGUAUGAAGACGUCACAAGAGUCAAUUUCUCGACCACCUGGCUCAGAGUCUCAUAGCACGGCCGCCACCAAGGCGCUACCGCGUCUUAGACCCGAGGAACCGCACACCACCGAGUUAGUGCAGAAGCAGAAACUCAAAACCACUGCGCUAGAGAGACUUGUAAAUAAGUCGGCUGCUAAACCCCGUAAAGUUGCAUCUACGGGCCCUCGAGGUCGCGAAGAAGAGGAAGAAGAUGCAUAUAUCGCGUAUCUUGAAUCAAAGCUGGGGUAUACUGGAGGUGGUUCGCGUCGUAAGGAUGAUGAUAUGGAUGGACUUGGAGAUCUAUUUGACUUUACGGAAAACAUUGUGACCGGGAUGCCAGUAAGUUUACUUCACAGCUGCGCGUUGUGUUGUGUCUGAGUCCCCACAGGACUCCGAUUUGGAUGACGAAGUGGAGGAUGAGGAUCAAUCAACAUCUGCGGAAGACCAAAGUGACGGAUCUUGGGAAGAU